UGAAGUGAUAGCAGUUCCUCCUAACUCCUGCCAGAAACAGCUCUCUUCAACAUGAGAGCUGCACCCCUCCUCGUGGCCAGGGCAGCAAGCCUUAGCCUUGGCUUCUUGUUUAUGCUUUUUUUCUGGCUAGACCGAAGUGUACUAGCCAAGGAGUUGAAGUUUGUGACUUUGGUGUUUCGGCAUGGAGACCGAAGUCCCAUUGACACCUUUCCCACUGACCCCAUAAAGGAAUCCUCAUGGCCACAAGGAUUUGGCCAACUCACCCAGCUGGGCAUGGAGCAGCAUUAUGAACUUGGAGAGUAUAUAAGAAAGAGAUAUAGAAAAUUCUUGAAUGAGUCCUAUAAACAUGAACAGGUUUAUAUUCGAAGCACAGACAUUGACCGGACUUUGAUGAGUGCUAUGACAAACCUGGCAGCCCUGUUUCCCCCAGAGGGUGUCAGCAUCUGGAAUCCUACCCUACUCUGGCAGCCCAUCCCGGUGCACACAGUUCCUCUUUCUGAAGAUCAGGAUUUUAUAGCUACCUUGGGAAAACUUUCAGGACUCCAUGGCCAGGACCUUUUUGGAAUUUGGAGUAAAGUCUAUGACCCUUUAUAUUGUGAGAGUGUUCACAAUUUCACUUUACCCUCCUGGGCCACUGAGGACACCAUGACUAAGUUGAGAGAAUUGUCAGAAUUGUCCCUCCUGUCCCUCUAUGGAAUUCACAAGCAGAAAGAGAAAUCUAGGCUCCAAGGGGGUGUCCUGGUCAAUGAAAUCCUCAAUCACAUGAAGACAGCAACUCAGAUGCCAAGCUACAAAAAACUUAUCAUGUAUUCUGCGCAUGACACUACUGUGAGUGGCCUACAGAUGGCGCUAGAUGUUUACAACGGACUCCUUCCUCCCUACGCUUCUUGCCACCUGGUGGAAUUGUACUUUGAGAAGGGGGAGUACUUUGUGGAGAUGUACUAUCGGAAUGAGACGCAGCACGAGCCGUAUCCCCUCGUGCUACCUGGCUGCAGCCCCAGCUGUCCUCUGGAGAGGUUUGCUGAGCUGGUUGGUCCUGUGAUCCCUCAAGACUGGUCCACGGAGUGUAUGACCACAAACAGCCAUCAAGGUACUGAGGACAGUACAGAUUAGUGUGCACAGAGAUCUCUGCAGAAAGAGUAGCUGCCCUUUCUCAGGGCAGAUGAUGCUUUGAGAACAUACUUUGGCCAUUAUCCCCCAGCUUUGAGGAAAAUGGGCUUUGGAUGAUUAUUGUAUGUUUUAGGGACCCCCGACCUCAGGCAAUUCCUACCUCUUCACCUGACCCUGCCCCCACUUGCCAUAAAACUUAGCUAAGUUUUCUUUUGUUUUUCAGUGUUAAUGUAAAGGGGCAGCAGUGCCAAAAUAUAAUCAGAGAUAAAACUUAGGUCAAAGUUCAUAGAGUUGCCAUGAACUAUAUGACUGGCCACACAGGACCUUUUGUAUUUAAGGAUUCUGAGAUUUUGCUUGAGCAGGAUUAGAUAAGGCUGUUCUUUAAAUGUCUGAAAUGGAACAGAUUUCAAAAAAAAAACCCCACAGUCUAGGGUGGGAACAAGGAAGGAAAGAGGUGAAUAGGCUGAUGGGCAAAAAACCAAUUUAUCUAUCAGUUCCAGCCUUCUCUCAAGGAGAGGUAAAGAAAGGAGAUACAGUGGAGACAUCUGGAAAGUUUUCUCCACUGGAAAACUGCUACUAUCUGUUUUUAUAUUUCUGUUAAAAUAUAUGAAGCUACAGAACUAAAAAUUAAAAACCUCUUUGUGUCCCUUGGUCCUGGGACAUUUAUGUUCCUUUUAAAGAAACAAAAAUCAAACUUUACAGAAAGAUUUGAUGUAUGUAAUACAUAUAGCAGCUCUUGAAGUAUAUACAUCAUAGCAAAUAAGUCAUCUGAUGAGAACAAGCUAUUUGGGCACAACACAUCAGGAAAUAGAGCACCACUUGAUGGAGUUUCUCUAGAAGCUCCAGUGAUAAGAGAUGUUGAGUCUAAAGUUGAUUUAAGGCCAGGCAUGGUGGUUUACACCUAUAAUCCCAGCAUUUUGGGAGUCCGAGGUGGGCGGAUCACUUGAGCUCAGGAGGUCAAGAUCAGCCUGGGCAACGUGGUGAAACCUUGUCUCUACAUAAAAUACAAAAAAUUAGAUGGGCAUGCUGGUGUGUGCCUAUAGUCCCACUACUUGUGGGGCUAAGGCAGGAGGAUCACUUGAGCCCCAGAGGUCAAGGCUACAGUGAGCCAAGAGUGCACUACUGUACUCCAGCCUGGGCAAGAGAGCGAGACCCUGUCUCAAUAAAUAAAUAAAUAAAUAAAAAUAAAUAAAAAUAAAGUUGAUUUAAGAAAGGAAGUAUAGGCCAGGCACAGUGGCUCACACCUGUAAUCCCUGCAUUUUGGAAGGCUGAGGCAGGAGGAUCACAUUAGGCCUGGUGUGUUCAAGACCAGCCUGGUCAACAUAGUGAGACACUGUCUCUACCAAAAAAAGGAAGGAAGGAAGUGACACAUAUCAAACUGAAACAAAAUUAGAAAUGUAAUUAUAUUCUAAGUGCCUGCAAGUUCAAAACUUAUUGGAAUGUCGAGAGUCUGGUUACGAAAUGCGUUAGGAGGACAAAAGGAAUGUGUAAGUCUUUAAUGCCAGUAUCUUCAGAAAACCUAAGCAAACUUAAGGUCCCGCUGAAACUGCCCACUUUGCAAGAAGAAAUCAUGUUAUAGCUUUGCCAUGUGGCAGAUCAACAUGUCUAGAGAACACUGUGCUCUAUUACCAUUAUGGAUAAAGAUGAGAUGGUAUCUAGAGAUGGUUUCUACUGGAUGCCAGAAUCCAGAGCAAAGCCAUCCCCGCUCCUGGUUGGUCACAGAAUGACUGACAAAGACAUCAAUUGAUAUGCUUCUUUGUCUUAUUUCUUUCCCAAGUAAAUGUUUGUCCUUGGGUCCAUUUCCUAUGCUUGUAACUGUCUUCUAGCAGUGAGCCAAAUGUAUAACAGUGAAUAAAGUCAUUAUUAGGAAGUUCAAAAGCAUUGCUUUUAUAAUGAACUUUGAAAAAUGUAUGUGUGUGUGUUUAAUUAGAAUAAAAUUCCUCUAGGCAGAUUUCAGGA